GAUCAAGAUUUGUCUCUGCGUUCACCACUUGUCGGCGGGUUUAACAUAAAGCGAUUUGUUAUUCCUGAAGCAUCGACCGUGGGCCUAAAUGACAUUGCCUGUGCAAACCACAAUGUGUAAUUCGUUUUAUGACAAUCAUUAAUUUAUACAUCUUCGUCUCUUCAGACUCAGCAUUUACGGAGUGUAUUUAUAUAGAUCUGUUUCGGUGAUGUUACUUCAAAGAACGUCUUUUCUUAACACGGGAUGCUUCUAAGGAUCGUAAUGACGGGAAACUGACAGUGUUACUAAUAAAAGUCAAAUUAAUUGAAUAUAUAACAUUACUUGAAUAAAUCGGACGAUGUGAAUAAAGCACCAUCAGGGCUUCAUUAUAAUUAUUAAUAAUAAGAUCUUUGUAUUUAAUAGUCAACGUAUUAAUAUAGUGGUUAGAUUCUGACGUAAUAGAACGUCUAUUGAUAUUAAAGCAGUGAAAAAAAUAUCAACAAAAACUUGCGGAUAAACAUAUUUACUGAGAAAGGAUUGGGUAUUUAUUGAAAAAUAUAAUGAAUAUUGCCAUACAUUUACCGAAGAUUGUUUGAGGGGACAUAAUUAUUCAACAGAAGCAGAAAAAAAACACUGCUCCAGAAAGGUGGCGAUAAACAUUUGGAACGAAACUUCUACAACAAAGAUGUAUCGAGAACUGUUUUUCAUGUAUCUAAUAGUGACAGGGGUGGACAUGCAAGGUCGGAUGCUGUUUCCACCCGGACGGGCCUCAUUGUGGAGACUUGGAUUUGGAACUCCUGUAAACGAAAAUGAUAAUUCCCUAAGUUGUGGAGGUCUGAAGCACCGAUGGGAGGUCAACAAUGGCAGGUGCGGCGUUUGUGGUGACCCAUGGGAUAGCAUACCACGUGACCAUGAACAAGGAGGGAAGUUCUACAGUGACGUCACUUCAGCUAUUUUUGAAGCAGGAAAACCCGCUACCUUUUCGCUUGACAUAUCGAACGCAAAUGGUGGUUAUUUUGAAUUCCGAGUGUGUGUAAAAGAUAACACGACCGCAGAAGUGUCACAAAAAUGUCUUGAUGAGGGACAGCUCGAGUUUCUGAAUCAUGGCUUGAGGUUCACGGAAGUUGUUGAAGGACUCAACGAGGUUCAGGUUCUUCUAUCGGAGAAACUUAUCUGCGAAAGUUGUCUCUUGCAGUGGAAAUAUACCACAGGUGAUCAGUAUGGAUGCGAGUUCGAUUCCCAUCUUGGGCGAGAAGUUUGUGGAUUCGGAAAAGGGAAAUACCAAACGGAAUACUUUGCAUGCGCCGAUAUAGCGAUCGUCCCCAAUGCUAACGUUCAAGAACUUAAAUUGGAACUUCAGAAUCAACAGUUUGACGCGAAAAGUCAAUUACGAGAUGUUAAUGACACUUUUCAUCAUAUAGACAAACGCAUAAAAAGGACCGUUCACGACCAAAGUGGCUUCAUGCAAGGUGUUCCUGUAUCUUAUAUGCCUAUGUCUAAUACAAACAAUAUCCAGUAUAUGGCAUUGCCCGACGGACGUUAUCCAGGUAACUCACAGAGUCCAUGGAAGUGGCAAGGAAAUAGGUCAAUGCCUGGAUCUCAAGAACGCAUUCGAAGGAGGGUACACAUUCCAGACGGAAGGCGGCAAGUGAUAACCGGCAAUUUUGUAUUUGGGAGUGGUUUUCCUCCAAAAACUACAGGGAGAAGAGUUCGAUUAAACUUCAAUCAGCGCAACAAUGGAGACAUUAUAAACAUUCCUUCAGAAACAAUGUCUCUGCCCAGAGCUCAGUUCGUGAGGGUGGAACAACCACGUAAACAAAGCAUCUUUAAAAUUGCACCCGCCCAAAAACAUACACCAACCAGACCAACAACAAGACGGCCUAUUGUUAAAAGAGUCGAUACUUCACGAAUUCAACGAAACUUCAUUGACCCUCUAAACCCUCACCUCGGAGCUAAAAUAUCUGUCCACACUUUGACGCAAAGAACUCUUGCAGCGCCCAAAUAUCGGUCAACCAAACAGUGCGAGCAUUGUCCGUUUGACCAAUGUCUUGAUGAUCAGCUAAGAAUAGAUGACCUCUUUCCCGGCUUGUUUGAUAGUCCAAACAAGUUCUUGAAGUGCAAGAAAUAUGAAAAGCUGUUUGUUAUCGGGAACUACGACGUGCUACAAGAGGGUCUUCCCGACUGUACCCAUCCACGAUUCAGACGACAGCUUUCUAGUGCAACAAAAGUAGAAGACGACGAUAUUGGAUGCUGCGCAACGAAACCCCAGGUUAUUCUGCCGUUGACGGUUGAGGCAGACAAUGAUACCUUCAAUGUUGUACAACUAGGAAACGACAAACAACAGUUCAUCGUCCAGGGUAUAUGUGGGAGAGGGAACACCACUUCUUGCUCCACGUGUCAAAUGGAGAACAACUUCCAAUGGGUACUCGUAUACGAUCCACGCGUUAACAGUCAGCCCCCAGUGUCCUUCGUCCCGGUGAAGUUUCCCCACUACUGUAGGUGUUACAACUGGUCACACCACUCACGGCUAUCAGGAUAAAAACCCUUCACGUUUUGUCAAAGCCAAACACCGUUAAUUCACUCAUACCUUUGUUUUAGUGAAUAUCGUCACUGUAGGAUCAAAUGUAUAAAUAGAAGCAGUUAUAAAUAGAUUUUUCUGCCUUACGGUGAUGAUUAUAUAUUUUUAUGACCUUUUUUUCAUUGUAAUUAUUUUUUCAUUUGCGCUUAUAUUUAUAAGUUAAACAUCAUCGACUUAAACCUUUUCACUAUUUGAUAUUUGUCAGAGCUAGGCCAUCACGUCACACAUGUUGUUGAGUAUCAUAUUUUUUGACAUAUUCAUUUGGUAUCAGUAGCUAGCUUAGUUUUUUACUUUUCAAAGGCGUUUAAACAAAUAUCUUAUAUUUGUUGCAUGCACGCAUAUUGCAUGCAAACUGUAUGUGUACAAAUCUAAGUAUUCUAUCAACAUCAAUCUUAAGACAACACUUUUACAAACCAAAUGCGUCAGGUGUUUGUUUCGUUCGUCGGAUUAAAUUCACCUUAUGUUAAGAACAGCAAAAAAACACCCGAACGUUUUAGAUAGGCGUUCGCUCCUAUUUCUUGUUUUCAUUUUUUUUCUUGUAAACGCAUGUUGUGUUAUGAGACGCAAAACAUGUUAUAUUUCUCCGACAUCUUCCGAAAGACUGACUCUGUUACAUGUUAAUUUAAUAUAUUUUUGAAACGUCUUUUAAACUUAUACUUUGAAGCCAAAAAAUAUUUUUUAAUCUUCUCAAUUUUCAUUCAAAAGACAUGCUAUAUACUUUUUUCCCUCGUCCGCUCCUAUCUUAUUUCGGAAUUUGAUCAUCUUUUUCUUGCGUUUAUGCUGUAUGAACGCAGUAGGGAAAGCGAGCUAAUUCCAUGAAUGAUUAAACGUAAGCAGUAUCUUCUGCAUUUGAAAUUUUGUUCUUAAAGAAAUGUAACCGAAACAUACGUUUGAAUAAAGGAAAAGCUAAAUUCUGUAACGUCGAAUAUUAUUGGUUAAAUGACGUGGCGCUAAUCCAAUUGGAGCGCAAUAUUUAAAUAAACAAUGACGUCGUAACUCCUUGCUCGUAAAACAAUGUAAACGUACAGUUAGAUUUAUAACAAGAUGGAUUUUUCAAUAUUCUUUAUUUCGCCUGCUCGCUCCACUUUUUAUCAGCCGUCUAACUUAAAAAAAAGAUAAAUUUGUUUGGCCUAUUUUUUUUUUUCAUUUUUAGAUAGGUUGGAGUAUUCUAAGCUGAAUAAAUAUCUAUACUUUACAUAGUACUUUUAAAUUAUAAAGGUUUGUGUUAAGUGUGUGAAAAGUAUUGUUACACUUUCCAUGUUUGUGAAUUAUUUUCUCUCAUUUGUAGUAGUUAUUGUAGAAUAAAGAAGCAUAGCUAAAAAGCUUA